ACACUCGUGGUCUUAUUCCGUAGCACAAAGUGUUUCAAAAUGACUGAGGAAUCUAGCAGCGACUCUACAUUCGAAUUCGUAGAAAAGAAAGCAGAUGAAUUUUCUUUUGCUAAAGAAACUACAAAAACUGAAUCACUGACCAGCGUAUCAUCAUCUGCAUCAAUUAAUCUGCCUACUACCAUAUCCACAUCAAUUGGAAGUUUACUUUCAAAUGUUGCACCGCCUUCAUCGUUGCCCAGCUUUAUUAUAAAUUCUACGCCCAUAUCAUCUGAGUCUAGUACACAAAAUCAAGUCACUAGAAUCAUAAAUAAUAAUGAACAGGAUGAUUCUACAAAAAGGCCAAAUCAGUUAAAUACUACAGGAGCUGAAGUACACGAAAAUCAACAAGGGACUUACUAUUCUGCUGCUUUUUCCCCUGCAAUUCCACCAAUUGAAUCGUCUGAAGUGCCUUUGAUAUUGGAAAAUAGUCUACAGGAUUUGAGCAGUGUCAGUGGAGGAUUACUUUCAUGGGUAAAGGAAACUGUUACAAACAACAGUGUAUUAAACAAAGUUGCUGAAAAGGCGAAGAGUAGUGUUAAUUCCAUGAUCACAACUUUGGAUCCACAAAUGCGAGAAUUUAUUUAUUCUGGUGGGGAUGUGGAUAUUAUUGUUGCUUCUGAUAAAGAUGUAAAAGUCAGUCCCAUUCGUGAAGCAUUCCAAGAUGUUUUCGGUAAAGCAACAGUAACAGGACUAUCGGUAAACGCUGAAUCUGUAGCUGCUCAACCUGUAGGUUUCGCAGCUGGUGUAAAAGGAGCAGAGGAAAGAAUUAAUUCGUUACGUAAUAAUUCGGUAUUGCCGAAAGAUAUCGCCAUAAUUGCAUUAGAAAAUUUCAUAGUAGAAAUUGGUGAAGAUAAAUGGUAUGAUUUGGGAGUGCUUGUUCUCAAUGAUCCUAAACAUAACGUCAAUCUGCAAUCAUUUACUCAAAUGACUCCAGUCCCGAGUCAAAUUGUUGGACUGGCACAACAAAGCACACCUGAAGAUUAUUCUCUAAAGAAGUCUGGUCUGGCUGUAACAAUUGGCAGUCUAAUGGCGAAUAAUUUACAGGUUUCUCACAAUCAAUGGCACCAUGCACUGACAGGUAUUUCUCGGAGAGAUAUGGUACUUUUGGCAGCGCAGUCUCUGGCUGGAAUAUACAAAAACACGAUAAAUUCCGAUUAAUGUAUCAAAGAAAAAUUUGAACUAAAUUGUUUAAAAAAUGUAUGUAAUAACGUUGUAAAUACAACUAACAUUUUACUUUAUUAACAAGUGGUGUAACAUUGUUUACUGAUUACUAACAAAGAGUAACAAUGGAAAACAAAAGAAUUAUUUUAUAUACUUAUUGAUUCUUGAAACAAUAUGUACUUUUGUAGUCGACCGAUGGCAAUUAUGGUUAUGUAUUAAAUAUAUUUUCUAUAUUUUAAAUUUUGUUAUUGAUAAAUUGUAACUCAGAAUCGAUAAGAUAUUUGUAUAUUAGAUAGUAAAACGAAACAUAAAAUUUAAAUGCAUCUCGUUGCAAUGUAAUGGGAGACAUACAGAAUAAAUGCAUAGAAAAAUGCUGUAAAA